AUGACCAUUGAUGGCAAGAGCUGGGGCUGGGAUGCAUGCAGCACUGAGUGUUCAGCUGAGAUCACCUUCCAGGAGCGACUGGCGAAACGGGACUAUUGUGUGAUAUUCUUGGUGGUUGUCAGAGGCAAGACCUGUGUCAUGAAAGUGCAUCGUGUUCAAGGCCCUAAACAACCAUGGGACUCCCAGGUCCGUGAAACAAACCUCUUUAUCUGCGAAUCGACAGCAUAUCGACGCCUGACACAGGCUGGAGUUUGUGCCCGGGGUAUAACCCCUCGGUUCUAUGGAACGGUUGAAAAUAUUGAUCCGACACAGUCCCUACCACAUCUUCAGUCAUUUGUCAAUGAUGAACAUCCUCCAACAGCCAUCCUCCUAGAAUAUAUCCCCAACAUGAAGGAGUUGAAAUGGACCAAUUACAAUGCAAGCAGGAUGCAAAACUUCAUUGACGGGUUGAAUGCGAUUCAUGGCGCACUCGUUUAUCACGACGAUGUUCAUCCCAGGAAUAUGAUGAUCGUAGAAGAGGAUCCAGAAAGAGCAAUCUGGAUAGAUUUUGACCGGGCACAAACGUUUAAUGGAAAGCUUACAGAGAGGCAGAAGAGAUGGAUUACGGUUGAGAAGGAGCUUAUGGCUGGGGUGGCCGAUUUUAUGGUCCGUAUCCUCUGCUUCCUUUACAGUUAUGCCCGCUUUCAACUAACUUUGUUGUAUCUCUGA